AUGGGUGAUAAUGAGAUUGGGGACGAAGAGGAUCUCUCACGUGUUAAAUCUGAUGUGGGGAGAUGGCCUGUUUUCUAUUAUGGGGUCGGUCACAUGCUUAAUGAUAUCACUUCUUCAUGCUGGUUUACUUACCUCUUACUGUUCUUGGCAGACAUCGGACUCUCCCCAAGAGAUGCUGCAAUAGUCAUGCUUUCAGGGCAGAUAGCUGAUGGGUUUACUACCGUUUUUACCGGGGAACUGAUAGACAGGUUUGGACGUUUCAAAGUAUGGCAUGGUGCCGGAUCGGUCUUGGUUGCGGUUUCAUUUUCCUCUGUUUUUGGAGGUUGCUUACCCUGUCGAAUCUUCAGUACCUGUUCUUCAGUGGUGGAAACCACCUCAUACAGUGUUUCUGCUGCAAUCUUUAAUAUGGGUUGGGCUGCUGCUCAAGUUUCACACAUGUCCAUGGUCAACUGCAUCUCACUAAAUUCAACCUCUAGAGUAGUCCUGACAAGCUGCCGGAAUGCUUUUACAAUGGUUGCAAAUCUAAGCCUCUAUGCAAUUGCCUUGGUAGUCUUCAGUGUUAUUACCGGAAAAUCCCAUGCUGAUAUUCAGAAUCAGUAUCGAUGGAUUGCAUAUUCAUCAAUCUUCUUUGGUUGUUGUUUCGUUGGGAUAUUUCAUUUCGGCACCAAAGAACCGAGGUUGAAGAUGAGCAUUCAUGGGAAUGACCAUAUGAGGAUACCAUGGGCGUAUUGGUUCAAGAAAGCUUUAUACUAUCAAGUUGCCAUUGUAUAUGUACUCACCAGACUAGUACAAAAUGUUUCACAGGCGUACCUUGCUUUUUAUGUUAUUCAAGAUUUGCGCAUGGCCCAGUCAGCUAAAGCUUUGGUUCCUGCAAUCCUCUAUAUCAGCAGCUUUGUAGUCUCUAUCAUGAUGCAGGAAGUAUCAUGGACUGGCCGACGCCUGAAAGCUUACUUUUCCGUCGGUGGAAUCCUUUGGGUCUUUUGUGGUGCAAGCAUCAUUCUUUUACCUUCCAGCAUGAAAGUUUUCAUGUACGUCAUAUCGGCAUUCAUUGGCGUAGCUAAUGCUCUGAUGAUGGUAACGGCAGUAAGCAUGCAGAGUGUCCUGGUUGGUUCGGAUCUCAACGGCUGUGCUUUCGUUUACGGAUCCCUGAGCUUCCUUGACAAGAUUUCUUGUGGGAUUGCACUUUAUAUUCUUCAAUCAUUUCAAAGCGGGGCCUCACCAGUAGCCCCAGCAGUAGAGGAUGGCCUAUCUUCUUCAGGUUAUGUUUCAGUAACAAGAUAUGGUCUAGGUCUGGUUCCGGCUGUUAGUUCACUUGUGGGAGUUGGUGUGACAUUGACAAUGAAGCUCCAUACACAUUCAGGAUCACUCACAAAGCCAUUGUUGGAGUAA